CCAUUUCAAGUCAAUGCUCAUCGCAAAGCAUCAGAGGCGUUUGCAGUAUUCACUGUCAGAAUGCUUGCUUGCCUCAAGUUAUGGUGUUGCGUGACCUGUAUCUCCUACGUCUUGCUGUCGAGCGCCCAUUGCGCCUACUCCGGCAGCAUACAGUCAGAUCCUCCCGCGCCUGCCGACGAAUACCCGACGCCAGAUGUCCUUGGUCUGCUUUCACAGGAGCAUAGUGCCAUUUUCUCAGCUCACCAAGCACUAGCCUCCCUUCGAGGCAAGCCAGACUGCUUUCAAAAAGCCCUCGCUGCCUUUGAGCUGCAAUGUGGAGAGUAUUUUAGAGGCGACCAGAUACAGAAGAUCCAGACCGCCGUAGCCUUGACGGAAUGCGACCUCUCGACUGCCAACCAGCAUCUGCCCUCUGAAUGCCAAGGUCUCUCAUCAAAGCCACCGCAGAGCUCCCUGUCACGCUGCAUCGAAGCUAUCUCCCGCUCGCCGCAGCAAUGGUCAACGUACUCUGGCUACACGCGGGAGCUUCCCUCCCUCUGCUUCGCCCUCCGACGAGAGAAAGACGUCAAUGACGCUCAGAGACUAUACGAGGAUAUGGCACAGGAAAAGCAAGCAUUGCUCAAGGCUCUUCAUCGGAUGCAUACCUCGUCUGAGGCCGAGCGCAAGCGGGCAGUCGCGGCCAUGAACGAUCAGCUGGCCAGCUUGAAAGAGCUCGUCACCAGGCUCCACACUACGGCUGAGGAAGCGCACGAAGCCAGCGAGCUCGUCGCAGCGAGCGCGGCCCAAUCAUUCAAGGCCUCCGUCAGCAACGCUCUGAAGCAAGCCCAAGGAGCCAGGCAAGGCGCCCUCGACGUCCUCUCACAGCAGCUACCCGACUGGAUUUCCCGAACCAUGGAAAGCGAGCUUCACCGAGUCUUGCAAGUGCACGCCGAGGAUCUCAGCGUAAUGAUCAGCAGCAAACUCGGCACUGCUCUCACAGACCUACAGUAUGGCUUGGCAGAGCAUCAUCGCAAGAGCAACGCUCAAGCGGCUGAACUUUCGGCCUCCCUCGUUGCCUCUCAAAGCAUCGUUGCAGAGAUCACGACGGCGCUGAUCCAGAUUAAAGCCGCAGCUUCGGAAUCAGUGCACGCGCUCACGCAUCACCAGCAAGCACUCCAAGACAUGCCUUCGCUCGACAUUGACCGGCUUGAGCGACUCGACGCGCUUCUCACACGGAUGGAGGGGGUAGGUCAGCAGGAAUUGCAGCGAUGGGAGCGGGAGGAGGAGCAUCGCAGAGAGAGAGAACGCCGGAGUGUGCUCACACGGGUCAUUCUGAACGUGUUUGGCCUCGACGAAGAUCGAGGGUCAAGCUUGACGAGAGCUGUCGUUUCAGCGACCCCGCUGGCAAAGGCGUUGUUCUUGAGCGGGCCAGGCCCUCUACACAUCCUGGUCGCGAUCGUAAUCGGUAUCUUCAAGCUCGGAUGGACAGCCAUUUCGCUCAUGAUCACCAUAUGGCUGCUCGUCUUGGCCCUUUCCACACGGCUGCUGCGACCUCUCGCGAAACGUCUUUCUUCAUGGAUGGAAGGCAGCAUUCGAACUGCAUCGCUGCGAGCUGCUCGAGCUACACGGGGCGAGCAGGCAAGCGACGAGUGUGAGAAGGAAGAGGAGGAAGAGGUGGAGGAGCUGGUGGCGAUGGAAGACAUUGACAUCAAGAUCGAAAGGCCGUCAACGCCAGCAUGUGAUGAGGAUCCGAUCAAUGAAAGCGACGACCCCUUCUCCUCGCCCUCUCUCGCAACGAGGAGGGCACAGAGCCUUGCAACCUGCGGAAGUGUUGCACAGCAUGUACUCUAGAUACGAGACUCAUUGAAGCUGCCAAGAUCCAUCCGGAGAGACGAAGAAGACAAACAAUACAGAGCGCAAUCUAGAUCGAGCGAGCAAAGCUUCGAAUGAGGAAC